AUGACCGUGCAGUUGUCGCUGAGACAGUCUCCGCCCAGCACACCGCCUUCAGAGUCGACCAACACAGUCGCUAUCACCUCUCUUCCGAGGUCGUUUUUCGAUUCCCUGAUUUUGGACCUCCUCUACACUCAUUUUUCGCAUUAUGGCGAGAUAAACCAAUGGGUCCCUCUACCGGGAUUUGGUAGAAUUAUCGUCGUCUACGAGCAUGACCAGGCUGCUGAAGCGGCCAAGCUUCACUGCGACACUAUCGUGCUGCAGGCUACCUCUGAGCAUCCAGAAGUCAUUCUGCGGGUUUUCCGCGCAGAUCGUAAUCCAUUAAAGCCCCGCGACCACUGUGGUCACCAACCACAGAUGCACUACCUCCAACCCCCAGCAGUCGAGAAGAACUUCCUCAUCUCGCCACCCGGAUCCCCUCCAGUCGGCUGGGAGCAGAUUCGCGAGGAUCCGCCGAAUGCUACACCGCUCGCUGCAGACCUUAUCUCGGCUCUCAAUAAGCUUAAACUCCAGGAGGAGGAGCAGGAGAGGAAGGGUCAGUCGAUGUUGAUCCACCCGUCUGAAGCGGGUGUGGGUGUGUUUGUGGAGGAUUGCGAUGCCUCUGCUGGCGUGGAGGUGUCGGAUGAGGACUGGGUGUAUGGCCAGACGAUGCCUACGAGGGAGAGGUGGCGCCCUAUUCCUACAGCUAUGCCGCCCAUGGCGUCGAUCUCGGCUUGAUAUCGAGAUCGCCGCCGAUUGUACUAUAUGAAUCAUCUAAUCUUGCUAUCUUUAUUCAUUUGCUUUCCGACAUGUACCAUUUACUGUAGUAUGUAACAUUAGAUUCACGGACAUUUGCAUUACCCUCCACCUGUACACCACGCUGCAUGAUCA